AUGGUUUUGGUAUUGCUUUCUCAUCCAACUUUGGCUGUUGAAGAGGAUAAUGACGAGCCACCACUCAUGUCAAAUGACGAGUUUGAUGCGGCAUUAUAUGCAACUUCACCGAGUAAGUCCAAAGGUAAAGGUAAGUCCAAAGGUAAGUCCUUAAUAUACAAAACUCCAAAUUCUGCCUUUCUAUGUUUUGAAAAAGUGGUAGCUGAAAUUCUUGUGAACAAACGUGCUUCAAGGGAUUGUUGUGUGGGGGUAGUGAAAGCUGGAAAGCAAUAUCUAAUGGAAUUUAUGAAAUUCAUUUUUCAAAGCUAUGAAUUCAAACGUUAUAAUUAUAAAAGGUUUUUCAAAAUUAAUAAAGUAUGGAACAGAUGUUCUACUGAAAUUGAUGCUCCUUCAUCAUUUUCUGGUUAA